AUGGUUUCGAGUUCAUCAAUAGUUGAUUAUUACAAGGAAUUAAACAUUAAUCGACAUGCGACAUCAAUUGAUAUUCGUAAAGCUUAUAAACGUUUGGCACUUAUCUGGCAUCCAGACCGCAAUAAAGAUAAAGGUGCUGAAGAAAAGUUUAAGAAAAUUAAACAAGCUUAUGAAGUAUUAAGUGAUGAAAAUCAAAGACGUGAGUAUGAUCAACAACAAUUAAUAUCAUCUCAACAAAAGCAAAAUAAACGAUAUGAAACAACAACAAAUAUGAAUUAUACACAACCAAAUGAAGAUGCAUUUCAUCUUCAUGCAUUUGAUAAUUUUAUGCCUAAUCCUAUUGAUCCAUUUGAUAUAUUAAAUGACAUACAAUUUUUUCAAGAAUCAGAUUUUACAUCAAAAAUGAUGAAUUCUCCAAGUUAUCGUAAUUUAUAUACUUAUAUAUUUGAUACAAUGAAUAAUAAUCCUGAAAAUAAUCAUGACAUAUAUGCUUCAUCACCAAUCUAUUUCAAUAAUGAUCGUUUAUUUCAACCAGCUUCAAAUACUCGUUCUAAACAUCAUCAUCAUCAUCAUCAUAAACGUUCAACACCAAAAUCUUCUCCAAUAAACAGUAUUCCUGUAAUACAUUCAACAAUGGCAAAAGAUUGGUUUCUUAAUGAAUUAAUUGAUUUAUAUGAACAACAAAAUCGUGUACAUAUUCCAUCAUCAUAUUCACCAUUUCAUAGUGAUCCUUUUUUUGAUGAUUUGACUCAUUGUACAAAUUGUCAUAAAAAGGUUUCAUCUGAUCGAAAUCUUUUAAUUCAACAUGAACAACAAUGUCGACAAAAUAUAAAUCGUCAUACAACAAUACCAUCAAAAAGUGUUCGAGUUUAG